AUGGCAUAUCAACAUUUAAUAUCAAGUGAUAAUGAAGAGGACAUUAUUUCUGAUAGUGACGAAUAUUCUAGAAGCACUUUUUUAAAGAGCAUUAUUUCUGAUUCUGAAGAUGAAGGUAUAGCAAAUUCUGCUCAUUCAGGUACUUCUGCUGAAAAAGAAAGUACUUCAAAUUCUACUGAGAGUGCGACUAUUACUUGCAGGGGUAGGAGCUUAACAGAAAAAUAUAGUAAUAAAAAAGAAAAUAAAAACAACUAUAGUAAAACUAAAAGGUUACAAAAUUCUAUAACACUAAAUCAGUCACAAGUGACUAUGGAGGAUUCAGAAGAAGAAUGUGAUUUACCUAGAAUUAAAAUUAGAACAGAUUUUUUUCCGUCACUUGGUCAAAGAAAACUAAAUGAUUAUUUGACAGAAAAAGAGUCAAAAAAUAAUAUCAAAAAUAAAAAUAUGAAAAAAUUUAUUAUAUCAAGUUCAGAUUCAGAUGAAGAUGUGCAGAGAGUUACAUUAACUAAAAGAAAAUACAUUAUGAGUUCUGAUUCUGAAGUAGGUACACCUGAAAAAGGUGCAGGUAAUAUAUCUUCUAGAUCAGAAAAAUCUGACAACCUUGAAAAUGUUUCAGAAAAAAGUUAUUCAUUAAAAAUGAAUGUAAUCAGUUCUGAUUCUGAAAACGAAAUAUUUAGAGAGACUAAGAAGAAUAUGUCCUUACAUAGAAUAGUUCCCAAAAAUCAAAUAGCACAUAGUUCUGAUUCUGAAAUAGACACUUGCGAAAGAGAUUUAGUAAAUACAUCUUCUAGAUCUGAAAAAAACAGAACACCUAAUAACGUUUUGGACAAAAAUUCAUCCAAAAUUAAUUUUACUUCACCAUAUUUAGAUGCAGUUCAUAAUGAAGAAACUAUUAAAACAUCUGUCCUGUUAGAAAGAUUGUCUGUAUCUCAAAAGACAACCAUGAGUCCUGCAAAAUUGACAAAACUAGAAUAUCACAUGAUUUUAGGGGCAGACAAUUACUUUGUAGCACUUUUAUUGAUGCACCAACAUCCUGCAAUACACCCAUUAAUAAGGAGACAGGCAAAAGGUUACUAA